AUGUUGCGGGGUAUAGCCCGGCAAGUCAAAGUUGAAACGAGGAAGGAUCCGACAAAGCAGAAAUAUCCACCUGAAAUAAAGGAGAUCUUGGUUGUACUCAACUACACAGACGAGCAGAAGGUCUGUUAUGCUGCAUUUAAGAUGACCGCAGAUGCAAAACGUUGGUGGCUUUCUGGGAAGCUACUGGAGGAGCAAAGAUUCGGAAAUAUGACAGUCGAAGAAUAUGAGGUCAAGUUUGUUGAAUUGUCACGUUUUGCUCCAUUCCUGAUUCCAAAUGAAGUAAGGAAGGUCAGGAAAUUUAAAAAAGGCUUAAGACACAGAAUUUAUGAACUAGUGGUGGGAUUCCAAGUUCAUAAUUUCUCGGAUUUGGUAGAUAACACUUCGGUGCUGGAGAAGGGCAUCCAAAGUAGCACAGAGCCUGCAGAGCAAAAGAAGAGGCCUGCACCAUCUAGUUUUCAAGCUGAGGCCAUUCAGAGAUCAGGAAAGAAAUGGAAAGAUGCGGUCAGCUCGAGGCAGGAGAUAGAAGAUUAG